UUUCAGAAAAAUGACAAGUAUGACUGCUAUGGAGAGUACUAAACCAGUAAGUGAUGCUUGGCUUACUGAAGGAACCCAGGGUGACGCUGGUAGAGAUCUUCCACCUACUGUUAAUAGCAAUCAGUCAUCCAGUAAAUUAUUGCCUGCUGAAGAUAAUUCGAAAAGAAAUGGGCACGCAAAUCCGGAUGAUACAGAAGCGUAUAAUGACGAAAAUAUGGGUGGUAAACACAAUCAUGAAAACGCUCGGGAUUGUUACAGUGAUAAAGGUAGUUCGGAGGAAGGGAACUUGAACGAUGUGUUGCCGAUACCACCGGAUGGUGGUUAUGGAUGGGUGAUUGUAUUUGCUGCAUUCAUGUCAAACUUUGUGGUUGAUGGUAUCGCUAAUUCUUUUGGAGCCUUCAUGAGUAUUUACCAAGACUAUUUCAAUGCAUCGAAAGCUUUGGUUUCGCUGAUUGGUUCUCUGCUGAUUGGUUGUUAUUUGCUGAUUGGACCAGUUGUUGGUGGACUCGUGAAUAAAUAUGGCGCUCGAAUGGUCGUCAUAAUUGGUUCAUUUGUGGCCAGUUUAUCGUUUUUAGCUUCGAUCUUUUGUUCGAAUAUCUACAUGUUCAUGAUUUUUUAUGGAUUUCUUGGUGGGGCUGGUUUUGGGCUCAUUUACCUUCCUUCAAUCGUUACUGUUGGUUACUAUUUUGAAAAGAAACGUUCGAUCGCAACUGGUCUUGCUGUUGCUGGUUCUGGUGUUGGGACAUUUGUGCUUCCGCCUCUGUGCAUUGUACUCAUCAAUAAAUUUGGGUGGAAGAUUGCUGUCUGUUCGCUUGCUGCUUUAAGUUUUUCGAGCACCAUUUAUGGGUUGCUGUACAGACCGCUUCAAGCACCUGCGAUUAAAAAAGAAAAGGAGAUUGCGAAAGCUGAUGUAGAAGAAUUGCUUCUGAAAUCAAAAGGGAAAGAAUGGAAAUCAAGUGGGGAAGAGAGUAAAGAUAGUGCGGAAGACGAGAAUAAACUGCAAGAGUUCAUAGGAGUACGUAAUACACCUAGUGAAAGUGAAAUACAUGAAUUUGACGAGACGACCCCUUUGACACUGGUUGCUGAAACUAUAACUGAUAAAAAUCGUGGUACACAUAUUGAUUCAAAUGAGGGGCUGUCAACGAGAACAAGAACAAUUCCGGAAACAAAAUUCUUGGAACAUGAAAGUAUGAAUAGCAAGACGGCAUCGGUAACUGAUCUAAAAACAAAUCAUGGCAAUUUAUCCAAUAUGUCAAACAGAAUAUCAGUACGUAGUUUCGCACACUCGACAAGCCUUUUGUCACAGUCAUCGCAAAUGAAAGGUGCCGAGUCACUAAUGUCUGUUGCGAGCAGCGUUAAUCCCAAAGAACUCAACAAACCAUUAAACCGACGCGAUAUAUUUUAUUCCGGUUCAAUCCGAAAUCUGCCUGAAUUUAAAUCUGAGGGUAGUAAUUACCAGUCAUACAGAGAAUCACAAACCUCGAUCUCUGCAUCACUCGUUGUUCAAGCAGUGGCCGGUAUGUCGCAAGUGAAAGAAAUUAGCGACGCGCCCAAUAAAUUAGGCAAUAAUCAUGGAACUACUGGGGAGCAAGACAAGCGAUUGAACGAACUUGUCGAUUACUAUGCUGACAGGAGGUGUAAAUGGAUUCCAGUAAGAAUUCGUAAUGUUUUGAGUGAAAUGAUUGAUAUUUCGUUGCUGAAGGAACCAGCCAUGUUCUUACUUUGCAUAUCAAAUUUAUGUGGAAUGCUUGGGUUUUACGUGCCUUUUAUGUUUCUUAUUGAUAUGGCCGUUGCAAAAGGACAUACCAAAGCCAGUGGUUCGUUACUUUUAUCGGUAAUCGGCAUUACCAAUACCAUUGGCCGAAUAGCAUUCGGUUGGUUAGCGGAUCGUGGCUGGCUGUCAGCACUAACAAUUAGCAAUUUUGCAUUGCUUGGAUGUGGUGUGCUUACCUGUUUAUGCCCACUGUUCCCUAGUUAUGGGGGUCUUAUGGUUUACUCCAUUUUAUUUGGAUUCAUAAUCUCUGCAUAUAUUUCCCUUACAUCAAUCGUGUUGGUGGACGAAUUAGGUUUGGAUCGAUUAACAAACUCUUUCGGUCUGUUGGUUGUGAGCAGGGGUAUAGCAUCAUUAUUAGGAACACCUUUAGCAGGGAUUGUUUAUGAUAUGUUCGCUUCGUAUGAUGCAUCAUUUUAUUUUGCUGGUGUGAUUAUACUAAUGUCUGGUCUGGUUUCAUGCCUCAUUCCGGCCACUCAUCGUUGUAGGCAUGAUGAAUCUGCGAAGGAAAUCGUGGAAGAAGCUAGAAUGAUCAACGAAGAUACCCAGUCUGGAAAGCUCUCCGUCCUAACGGAGCAUUCGGAAGAAAAUCUGAUGGAAUAUCAACGCACUCAAGGCACUGCACAAACUUUGCCGCAACAACAGAAAUUUUUGGCGAGAUUGUCCGAUGAGCUGUAAUUAAGAUCUGAGGGGGUUAUUCCAUCGUAAAAGACUGCAGGUAGUGACUGAAGGCAAUGAAAAUAAUAGACAAUAAAUUUUUUGACGUACUUCUGUCUGGUAACUUUGUUAUUAGAAUUGUCUUAUCACUUCCUAUUUCCAUUUGCAUUAGUUGUUAAGUCUCGGUGCGUUGUGAUGCUUCCUGUGCUUCCUAUGCUUGACCAGCAUCUCAGAAUGGAUUGCGGAUUGUGUAGAGAGAAACAAUACUACUAAUCAAUUAAAAAUUCGGGGAG